AUGCAGGGGACAUGGCUAGUGCUGCUGGCCCUGGUGCUGGCUUUUUGUGGAGAGCUCGGUGAGAGGCGAGGAUGGGCUCUGCAAUGCACCUAUCAGGAGCCCACAGGGGUGUCCAGCUGUGUCAUCAUUGCCACCUGCAAUGCCAAUGAAACCAUGCUCAAGACCACACUCUACUCCCUGCAGAUAGUGUACCCCUCCCUGGGGGAUGCAAAGGUGACUAAGUCUUGCACCAACAACAGCAAGUGUGUGCCCUCCGAUGUGGAUGGCACUGGCCUAACUUGGCCUGUGUCAUGCUGUAACACUGAGCUGUGCAAUGUGGACGGGACGCCUGCCCUGGGUAGCCUCUGUGCUCUGGCCCCCACCCCCCUCCCAGCCCUGAAUGCCCUUGAAGAAGCUUGCCCACCUGCAUCAGGCAUCCUGAGUCUCCUCUCUGGGGCGGGGAGGGUCUCCACCUGCAUCUCUGAAAGUCCUCCUAGGCCCCACUUUGAGUAUUCAGGGAAACCCAAGCUCCAGCGUGGAGGGGACAGUCACUUCACCUUGGACUUAGGCUAA